AUGGCAGCCGCGGAUGACGGACGCAAAGCCAUCUUCUUUGGACGCUUCAUCUCGGCCCCAGGACCUGAAUCCCUCUUGAUAAGGCAGGGAGCUGUCCUGGUGUCGAGCUCAAAUGGCCAUGGGGUAAUCGAGAAGACGGACUGGACACUGACUACACCAGCAGCAGCGUUCGAAGCAUUCGGUGUCGAAGAACAGGACGUCGACUUCCACCAAACGAUGAACAAUGGGUUUUUCUUCCCUGGCUUCAUCGAUACACACAUACACGCCUCGCAAUAUCCCAACGUUGGUAUCUUUGAGGCCAGUCUUGGUGGAAAAGAACCACUAGCAGACACCAACGGAGCAUAUGAGGGUGACAGAGGUACUGAAACAGUCAACCACAGCACAUCCAAUCCUUUAUCCAAGGCAGAUGCAGUCUAUACCAAAGUCAUCAGACGAACGUUAUCUUACGGGACCACCACAGCCUCAUACUUCGCAACCAUUUCAGUACCUGCCACAAACCUACUGGCCGACCUAGCAUUCAAAUUUGGACAACGAGCCUACAUAGGACGCGUGUGUAUGGACCACCCAGAUACCUGCCCAACCUACUACCGCGACGAAACACCUGAUCAAAGCCUUGCGAACGCAAUCGCAAGCAUCGAACAUAUCCAGAAACUCGACUCCAAGGGUGAGCUGCUCGCUCCGAUCGUCACCCCACGCUUUGCACCUUCCUGUCAAACCGAAACACUCUCUCUACUCGGUCAACUUGCUACGGACCGAAAGCUGAGGGUACAGACCCAUAUCAGCGAAAACAUAGGCGAACUAGCGCUGGUGAAGCAUCUUUUCCCUCAAUACAAGAGCUACACGGAUGUAUACCAUCAAACCGGUCUUCUGACUUCCCGCACAAUCCUCGCCCACGGGAUCCAUCUCGACGAUCGGGAGUUAGAGACGAUCCGUACUCAAGGAAGCAAAAUCUCUCACUGUCCAGCCAGUAAUAGUGCGCUCGGCAGUGGCUUCUGUCCAGUACGGAAAUUACUAGAUAAUGGAAUAGAUGUCAGUUUGGGUACCGAUGUCAGUGGUGGAUAUAGUGUCAGCAUACUAGAUUCAGUCAGGCAAGCUUGCCUGGUCAGCAGACAGCUAGGCUACGUGAAUGGAGGCGACAAGAAAUGGAAUAUUGGCGUUACCGAGGGCUUAUGGUUAGCGACUGUCGGUGGCGCAAAGUGCGUGGGUAUGGAAGGUCGCUUGGGUGGAUUUGAGCCUGGGAUGCUUUUCGAUGUUCAGGAGAUUGAUUUGAGCGGGGAGAACAGCCCGGUCGACAUAUUUGGCUGGGAAAAAUGGGACGAGAGGAUAGAUAAAUGGGUCUGGAACGGUGAUGAUAGAAAUGUCAAGAAUGUAUGGGUUGGUGGUAGGAUGGUACAUUCAGGCAAAUAG